UUGAAGAGAUAGUGGUAGUCGAGAUCAGCCUGUCGGUGUUUGCCAACUUGAAGGUAAAAGAAAGAGGAAAAGUGGGGUUUUCUAGACACAGACUAGAAUGACAGAUAGGAAACCGUGUAAGGUGUGUAAUUUCACACGACAAAAAUCAUACGGGGUUGUCGUUCCAUCCCUGGACGAACUGAAGCAAAAAGGGUGUGAGUUUCUUGGGUAUAGCCCGAGUGACCUGGUCACCGUGGUCCUCGAUAAUGAUGGGACGAUAGUGGAGGAUCAAGCCUACUUUUUGUGUUUGCCCUUAAACACAAAGUUCAUGCUGUUGCAUGAAAAAGAGACAUGGUCUCCAGUUCGCAAGAUGGAUGGCGGCACAGCUUGGAUGGCUCGGGAGUCAAUGCUGCUGGAGAGUGAUGCUGUGGACGCCUCCAGUUCAGUGGCUCCCUGGUGGGGCUUGGCUCAGCAGCUGAAGCAGGACAUGGCCAGCAUCAUUCUCAUGUCUGAGGCCGAUUUACAGACCUUGGUGGAUGCCCCGUGUCCUGAGCUGGCCUCUGCUUUGAGCUUCCAAGAAAAGAAAGCUGAGGACCUCCAGGAGACACUGCAGAGGGUUUUGGACCGAAGAGAGGAGGAGAGGCAGUCCAAGGAAUUGCUUCAGCUUUACAUCAAAGCUGCAGAGAAAGAGGAUAGAGAGCAGGAAGAAGCCCGCCAGCCUGACCAAGGAGAUGCUGGAGACGUAGAUAUGCCAGAUGGCCUGGAGGUGGACGCUGCAUCCGGAUUCAUGACCAGGACACUGAUGGUCCUGAAAGGAAAAACCUUCCCAGAGACCAGGCUCUCCACUGAGGACCUGCAGAUGGUUGUGACCAGAGGAGUGGAAGCCAUGGAGCAGGUGCUGGGCUGGGACACAGAAAGGACGUCUUCGCUGCUGCAGGCCUGCCAAGCCGAGCUGGCCACGCGUCUGCAGCAGAUUCAGGCCGUGCAAUCCGUCAGGAACAACACACAGCCGGACGGCGACCAGCAGUCCAGCGAAAAGAGCACGAUGGAGGGUGUAGAAACGCCAGCUCAAGGCAGCGAAUAGGUCGAGACUUUACCUGAGCAGAGACUGAUAAGAAUUGACACUACCUGCCUCGGGGGUCAGCGGGAUGGGAUUUGCCCCGUGUUACUGAUGAAAUCGCUACUGCUGGAAUACAUGAAUGUUAAGGAUGUUGACAUUUGCAUCAUUUUUGUAAAACUCGCAAACCACUUGAAUGCUUUCGCCUCCGGAGGAAGCAGGGUGAUUUGCACAAGUCAUGUUUAUCAAAGACAUGACGACAUGAACCACUUGCAUCACUUGUGCAUUGGCUCCUUAUUCUGAUGAGUCCCAUGCUGUGAAAAUAACGACACAUAAACACAUCCAUGUGCAACUUAAAGUCAUAGUUUAACAUUCUGGGGAGAAAAAAAAAACAAAACUUGCUUGCUAUCUUGCUGCGAGUUAGAUGAGAAGAUAGAUACCUCUCACAUGCCUGUACUUUAAAUGUGAAGCUGAAAAAAGCUGCCAGUUAGCUCGGCUGAGCACUAAGGCUGGUAAUAGGGAAGCCUAUAGCCUGGAUAACUAAAUCUACCUACCAGCACCUCUGAAGCUCACACAUUUACAAAUUACAAAAUAAAAAUGCUUGCAAGUAAUUCCAGCUAAAACCAAAACUUGUACUUUUACACACAUCUUUGUACAUUUAAAUAAAUGAGAUGUAACAUAUGGACUAAUUAGCUUUAGAGACAGAGGUUUUUUUUUUUUUUUAAUUCAUUUUUUGUCAUUAGUUUCCAGCCUUUACUCUCAGCUGAGCUAGUUGUCUAGAGUCAUAUUUAGCUAUCAGAUACGAGUGAUAUCAAUCUUAUCAUUUGACAUUCAGCAGGAAAGCAAAUGAGGAACAAUGUGGAACUACUGCUUCCAUCAUUUAUAUAAAAUGCUACUUUUCAAUUUGCUUUCCAGUAGUGUUUCACCUUCUGCUCUGCCAAUUUAGAUAGAAGUCGAAUACCGAUUAUAGUUAAGAAGUAGCUAUAGGAACCCUAUGGAUGUCCUGCAGAAUACAUCAUUUAGUUUUGUUGGAAAUCAUUUACACGUGUUUAGCUUGUUUUCGUUUAUUAUUUUUGCCAAAUAUGCCUACGAGCUGAAUUAACUUCAGCCUGUUACUGAGCUGUCAGAAUGUGUAACAACACAUUUUGAAAUGGACACUAUGAAAAACUGUGUGCUCCCAGGAACUUGUGGAUAGUCUAAAGUAGGAGUCAACUAAGCAAACAACUAACUUUCUCUUUCUUAUUAUCCUCCCCCUUUUUUUUAACCUUUUUUUUUUUCCACCCAAUUUUAACUAAUAGUAGGAAGACAGGUUCCCUUAUCGUGGAUAUCAGUCCAAAGCAAGGCAGCCUUUUCCUUUAGAUUUUGCAUAAAUAUGCGCCUCAGGGUGAAAUGCCAUAACUAACUGACGUGUGACUAUUUAGGGAAUCCUAUCACGGGAGAAUGAAAGGUAGAAAUACCUCUGAUCCAACAGUGCAGAAAGAGUUAAUCUCUAGGCACAAUACCAAAGGACUUGACAGAAAAUGACAGACAGGAUCAUGCUGAGAUGUAAUUUUUUUUUUCAAAGAUGUAUAUAAAUGCUAAAAAAAAAUACCCCCACUAAUCUUGCAUGGGUAAGCAAAUAUAUUUGAAUGGGGUACACAGGCUAAUUCAUCUUUCUAACAAUAAAGAGACGAGAUAAGAUGCAUGUCACUUCAUGCAUGCAAGCCUCACUGAGCACAUUAUGGCCGACGUUAUGGGGAAGAAUGACGGCGCUUCGUCUUUGAAUUACAUAGAACCAAUAUUGCUACUUGAACACUCUUCAAGACUGUCCAUUAUAUAUUGUUGUGGAAGUUACAUAUCAGUCUCGCGGCCGUGUGAUGUAAGACGGCGUGGACAACGUGUGCAGGUCCGUGUGACUCAUGUACACGGUAGCUUUUACAAUGCCUGCCAUCUCGUUUGUCUCUCGAACAAUGAAUGCAAAUUGUGCAUUUGAGUUUGACGAAAGAUGUUUUUUCGGUGCGUUCCGUGCUGAAAUUGAGUUGUCAGCGUGCGCUUGUUCUUUAGUAUUAGAUACAGGGAAAAGUGCAGCAUUUAUAAACCACUUUCAAUUACUCAGUAUUGUGUCUAUGUCUGGCAAAAAAAAAAGUUGAGCGUCAGCUUGUCACAUGGUUUCACCAAAGUUUUAUACUGAACAGGAGUUGUGCUUUGCCAUUUCCCCAACAACAGUCCACAUUUUGUAUUUAAUUUUAACAUGCACAGCGUAUGUUGCAACCAGAAGCUGUAAAUGACAGGACAGUGUGUGAUUCAAGGUUCCUUUUAUACAUGUUGAAUGCUGGAGGAGGGAUUUUUUUUCUUAAAUAAAUUAGCCUUCAGGCUCAUGAAA